AGGAAGGAAGGGGGGGGGAGGCGCAGGCGCAGGCGCUGCCACGGGACCCCCCUGCACCUGGGCGGAUUGCCCCGGGGGCGCUGCAGGGGAGGCUCGGGCAAGAUGUGCAGCUCUCCCGGUUGCCCAGCGCACGCGCACACGCGCACACACACACACACACACAGAGGCCUGCAGGGCUGUUCAGGCUGGAGUGCUGAUGAGGCGCUAGCGGAGGGCGUUCCCAAAUGCUGAGCGGCUGCCAAGAAGACCUUUGGCGGGUCUUGGAUGCUCGGACGGGACUAUUGUUCAGCCUCUGAAGCUGUUCUUGGUGGAGAAAUGGUACAGAGCGUCUGAUGAGAAGUUCUCCUGCAGGUGUCGAGCAAGCUGCACUCUCCGGAUCGCGGGUUUGUGGGAGUGCCACCCCGGGAAGAGGGCCAUGGGAGAGGGCCUCUCCUGCUGCUGCGGCCCUGCACGUGGACGGUGUCACGGAAGUGUGCUGCUGCUGCUGCUGCUGCUGAGUCGCUCUGCCAGCCCACAAGGACUUUGAGGGGGCCCGGGAGCAGAAGGCAAGCCCUAGCCCGUGAUGGUGGGGGCCAUUCCCCGGCAGCCGCGCCGCUUCUGGGGAGUGCCACGGUGGCAGGUGUCACCAGCAAGCUGCACCAGUAACCAUCUGCUGCUGGACUGGGAGCGCAGGACGGCCAGGAGAGGGGAUCAGUUGCAGAGGGAUGCGCCCAUGCAGCAGGUUUCGUAGCAGGGGGCUGCUCCAGACGCCCUAACCCCGCGGCACUUUAGCACCUGUCUCGCCUGCCACGCCCCAUGCGGCACAUCAACGCUGAGUCGGCCCUCCCCCGGGAGCGCAGCGCGGGCACGAGCCAGGAGGAGGAGGAAGAGGAGGAGGAGGAGGAGGAGGAGGGGCCCCACUCCUGGCGCCGGCACCAUGGUGUCCUGAUGGGCUGCAGCCCGCUGGAGCGGACGCGGCAGAAGGUGUACCAGGUCUCCAUCUUCUCCCCGCUGGCAGGCUGCUCCCACCCUCCGGAGCAGAGGGCCCCGGGGCGGCAGCCUGUCAAGCGGACCUGCCCGGAGCCCCAGCGGGUGGCCGAGGGCCAGUGGGAUGCCAAGCGCGGCCACUGGGGGGAGGAGGAGGAGGAGGAGGAGGGGGACGAGGCCAUUGAAGAUGGGCUCCUGGUGGAUGAGCUGUCCCUGGGGGGGGCUGCCCAGCACUUCUCCCACAGCGGCCUUCGAGUGGUGGAGCACCGCCAGGAAGCCAGCCCCGGACCCCACAGGGCCCGAGGGGCCACCGCACAGGCGCCGCACACACCUUGCAACACUUUGCACACGAGAGACUGCGCCCCCGCCCUGCCGGGGGGCCGCCCCGUGGACUCUGGCCCUCCCAGGAGGCACGGAGAGAACGGGGCCACGCAGCCCGAGGGGGCUAGCAGCCACGACUUCCUGCUUGAUCCUGAUUUGCACAGCCUUGCACAUCGACCCCUGCCGGGCGGAGGGCCCCCGGCAGCCGGUGGGCAUGUGCAGCCCAGCACUCCGCUGGCGGCCCAGGCCUCCAGCGCCAACGGGCUGGCCUCCGCAGAGAAGACGCCGCCAGGCUCGAGCGCCCCUCGGCUUCCUGGCGGGGGCACCGCCGGCAGCUGCCCGGCCAAACGGAAGCUGCUGCCCGCGGUCGAGGGGUCGGCAGACGCGGCCUCCGAGGACGAGAGCCUCCCGCCGGCGCGGAAGAAGAGGAGCCCGCAGGGCCCGGCGGUGCCCGCCUCCUGCCGCAGCACCGAUGCCAAGGGCGCCCCCUUCUGGAACCACCUGCUUCCUGCGGCCAAGGGCUCAGGCAGGAGCAGCGCUGGCAAUGGUCCGCUGAAGACGGGGCUGCGUCUCAAGCAGAGACCCCUCCGCAGCAGCCUGCGAAAGACUCCAGCGGGCGGCAGGCCUCCCCACGCCCCCUGGGCCACCACCUCUACCAGCCGCGCCCUGCUGGGGAACUUUGAGGAGUCCAUGCUGAAGGGGCGCUUCCCGCCCUCGGGCCGGAUUGAGGGCUUCACGGCAGAGAUCGGGGCCAGCGGCUCCUACUGCCCGCAGCACGUGACCCUGCCGGUGGAGGUCACCUACUUCGACAUCGCCGAGCACAGCGCCCCCUCCCCCUUCCUGGGAGUCAUUGACUUGGAAGCCUUGGGCCGGAAGGGCUACAGCAUCCCCAAAAUGGGCACCAUCCAAGUGACCUUAUUCAACCCCAACAAGACCGUGGUGAAGAUGUUCCUGGUGACCUACGACUUCCACGACAUGCCCGCCAGCCACGUCACCUUCCUGCGCCACCGCAUCUUCCUGGUGCCCGUGGGCGAGGAGCAGGGGCCCGGGCCCACCCUUGGCGAGCCGCCCAGGAGGGUGCUCUGCUACCUGAUGCACCUGAGGUUCCACAGCUCCAAGUCGGGGAAGAUCUACCUGCACGACGACAUCCGCCUGCUCUUCUCGCGCAAGUCGAUCGAGAUUGACUCGGGGAUCCCCUACGAGCUGAAGUCCUUCACGGAGCUGCCGCGCAACCCCUGCUACUCGCCUCGAGCCUGACGGAGGGCAGGGGAGACCCGGGCCUGGAGUCGGCGCUUUGCAGAUGAAGGAAGGAGCGGGGCCGGCGGGGGCCCUCCCCGGUGGCCACGCCACGCUGGGGGCUGCCUGGGGAGGGGUGGCGGCGGCUGCUGCUGCUGCAGCUCCUCCCAGGGCGCUGUGCCAUAGUAUUUAUUGCCAGGGCUGGGGCCGGCGAGAGGCCUGCCUGCCUGCCUGCCUGCGCCCAGCCUGGUUCACAAAUGCAGUGCGUCUCAAGCUCUGGUCCUUGUGCCCUGUGCGGUUUUUCUGGGGCCAAGGGGGCACUGGCGGACGAGGGCAUGAAGGGCCCCACUGAAGAAGGGGGUGAGAUGGGGAUGAAGGUUGUGAGGGGCUGGGGGCUCU